CGUCCGCCCCAGAUCAACGAUUCCUAGGUGGUUACUCACGGGUGAGUAACAUCACCCUAUCCUAAGCCGGAGACACCAAUCCAAAACCGGAAUUUCUAAUCUUCUGUCUCCUCCAAGUCGCCGUCGCCGUUCGCCCUUGUUCUCAUCUGCUCGUCCGUCGACAACACCAGUCACAGGCGUCUCUACUGCUCACCAGGCGCCGCCGCCGCCUCUACUGCUGCUCGUCAGUUGCCACCCGCCGUCCCCUGGUGACCAAAUUUGCUGAUCCCAAUGGAAGCCUUGCUGUCUUUAGACCCUCCAAGAUGAACAAAUCUCGAGCGGCCACUAUCGUCGCUGCAUCCCCAGGUCUGCCCUCUUUCUUUUCUUCUUCUUCUUCUAUCAGCUCCUCCUCCUUGUGCGGCAUCUCCAAUCGGCUGCUUUCCAUUUUUUCUACCUCCACCGCCGCCGCUCCUUUUCCUCCUCCUGCGACGGACCCGGUCGAUCUUCCUUCUCAGCUUCUCGCAAUCAUUUCUCUUCCCAACUGGCAGAAACACCAUUCCAUCCAAAAACUAAUAUCCGCCAUCUCUCCUUCUCACGUAUCCUCUCUUCUCCAUAACAACCCUGGCCUUCCCCCUCAUGUCGCUCUCAAUUUCUUCAAUUUCGUGGCUCGGAAACCUGGGUUCAGGCACGAUGUUCGGUCGCAUUCAUUGCUCUUGAAUAUUUUGAUUCGGAAUAAGCUUUUCGGUGUUGCGGAGAAAGUUAGGAUUGCCAUGAUCAAAGGUUGCAGUUCGGUUGAUGAGGCGCCCUCGGUUUUGGAUUGUUUGCGAGAUAUGAACAAAGGGGAAACGGAGAUGGAGUUUAAGCUCACUGUUAGGACUUACAAUGAGCUGCUUAUGAUGUUAUCGAGGUUCCUAAUGAUUGAUGAGAUGAAGAAAGUUUACAGUGAGAUGAUCGGUGACUUUGUUUCGCCGAAUAUAUACACAUUCAAUACUAUGAUUAACGUGUAUUGUAAGGUUGGGAAUGUGGUUGAGGCGGAUUUGUAUGUGAGUAAAAUUUUGCAGGCUGGUAUGCAGCCAGAUACCUUUACUUUCACUUCAUUGAUACUGGGGCACUGCAGGAAUAAUGAUGUGAAUGAUGCAUUUAGAAUUUUUAACGAGAUGCAGAAGAAAGGUUGUAGAAGAAAUGCAGUUUCUUACACGGUUCUCAUACAUGGACUCUGUGAAGCCGGAAGAGUUGAUGAAGGCAUUCGUUUAUAUAAGAAGAUGGGAGAAGAUAAUUGUCUCCCUACUGUUCGAACUUAUACGGUAAUAAUUGAUGCAUUACUUGCAAACGAUAGGCAGUUAGAAGCAAUGGAAGUGUUAAGCAAAAUGAGGGAGGCAGGGUGUGAGCCGAAUGUUCAUACUUACACUGUGUUGAUUGAUGCCUUGUGUAAAGAAAAGAAGAUGGAGCAGAGUAGACAAAUGUUAGAUGAGAUCAUAGACAAAGGGUUGAUUCCCAGUGCAGCUACCUACAACUCUUUGAUUGGUGGGUACUGCAAGGAGGGGAUGAUGGACGUUGCUCUUGAAAUCUUUGAUAUGAUGAUUUCUAACAACUGUAAGCCAAAUCAACGCACUUACAAUGAGUUGAUCUAUGGAUUCUGCGAGGCAAAAUGUGUGCACAAGGCAAUGACAUUGCUAGAUAGAAUGCUUGCUUCGAAGCUGACCCCUACCAUUAUUACUUUUAAUUUGUUGAUUCGUGGCCAGUGUAAAGUAGGUAAUCUAGAUAGUGCCUACAAGUUGCUUGAUUUGAUGAGUGAUAAUAGGGUUAUUCCAGAUAUAUGGACUUACUGUGUUUUUGUGGAUGUACUUUGUAAAAAGAAGAGGGUAGAGGAAGCUCUUGCUUUGUUUCACAGCCUGAAGGAGAAAGGUGUACAGCCAAAUGAAGUGAUCUACACUGCAUUGAUUGAUGGACUUUGUAAAGCUGAAAGGGUAGAUGAUGCUUGUUCUUUGCUGGACAAAAUGCACAGUGAACAUUGCCAGCCUAAUUCAUCCACGUACAAUGCCUUGAUACAUGGGUUGUACAGUGAGAGAAAAAAGAAAGAAGCUUUGCAGUUGGUGGAAAAUAUGGGAAAAGUGGGUUUAAAUCCCACUGUUCAUACUUACACGAUCAUAAUCAAAGAGAUGCUGAAAGAAGGCGAUUUUGGCAACGCUUAUAGGAUUUUAAAUCACAUGGUAGCCUUAGGAUGCAAACCUGAUGCAUAUACAUAUACAGCUUUUAUCCAUGCAUACUGCAGCAUAGGCAACCUUCAAGAAGCAGAGGAUAUGAUGGCUAGGAUGUUUGAAGUUGGAGUGAUCCCAGAUUCCUUGCCUUAUACCAUUUUAGCCGAUGCUUAUGGGAGACUGGGAUUGAUGGAUGAUGCAUUUACUGUACUCAAGCGCAUGGUUGAUAAUGAUUGUGAACCUUCUCAUCAUACAUAUGCUGUUUUAAUCAAGCAUCUGUCCAAGGAUAAGUUGUGCAAAGAGAACCUCAGUUUGACAGGUGUGGGUGAUAGAGAUGCAGCAUUUCUGGAUGUUGCUGAUGUAUGGAAGGUUAUGGAGUAUGAUACUGCUUUGUUUCUUCUGGAGAAAAUGAUGAAACAUGGCUGUUCGCCGACUGUGAACACUUACUCCAAGCUUAUUAUUGGACUUUGCAAGGCGAGGCGCUUGACUAUGGCUCAAAGGUUACUCAGCCACAUGAAUAUUAAAGGAUUGUCACCCAAUGAAGAUAUUCUUAAUUCUCUUCUGGGUUGUUGUUGUGAGCUGGAAAUGUAUGCGGAUGCAUUAAAUCUACUGGAGUCUAUGAUGAAGCAUGGUCAUUUACCAAAAUUGGAUUCUUUCAUGUCCAUAGUAUGUGGAUUAUAUGCCGAAGGGAAUGCUGUCAAGGCUCAGGCAGCAUUUUCCUACUUGCUUCAUCGCCAGUACAAUUAUGAUGAAGUGGCUUGGAAAGUUCUAAUUGAUGGCCUGCUCAAAAAAGGCCUUGUUGAUGGAUUUUCGGAAUUAUUCAGCCUCAUGGAAAAGAAGGGCUGUUUUAUUCAUCCCAAAACUUACACCAUGUUAAUUGAAGGACUUGAUGGAUCAUGAUGACGAGACUGUUUUCUAUUGAGAUUGUUCUGUUUGGGGAAAGGUUCUUUGUUGUUUAAUUUCGAGGGUCUGCAGGAGACUGUUUAUAAGGAAGCAGCUGGCUUGUGGAAAUUGAAUGAGGCAAGUUGCUACUAAGUUUUGUCAUAUAAUUUCUAUCUUCUCAGAUUCUCUGUUUCGUUCUUUAAGAAAUGGCUGAUGGAACGUUCCUCUUUCCUGUGGCAGCUCGUUCGACAUGUCUUGUUUAUGAAGACUUGAUUGAUAAAUUCCAUUUGGGAGGAGGCUUGCUUAGUAAUGAUGCUUAAAUAUGCACAUUCUUUAAUUCCAUUGUUAAUGGAGUCGCUCGAUUUCCAUCUUGAUUCGAAUAAAUAAGGUAAAUGAGUUGGAAUGUUGGGGCUCAUGUGCCAUAUGAUUUGCACAAUAUCCGCAUCAUAUUUCAUGAAGCGACGCUAUUUUUUCUGGAUUGCAUACAGUAUAAGAAAUGAGGGGACGAGGAGAUGAUGCUGGAACAUAUUUGGAAAGCUCUGGUUCUCUCAGAACUCAGAAGAGAGAGGCUGGAUUCAGCAAGUUGGAGUUCAGAUAAGACAGCAAAGGCAGUGAGAUGCUUCUCAUUUUAAUUAGUCGAAUCCAUAGUAAAUUUCUCUCGUUUAGUGGCACUCAUUGUUAUGCCUAGGCCGUUAGCAUUUCUUAGCUUUGCAUUUCUGUAAAGGACCAUUUAUAACGCCUUACAAUAGAAUGAUCAUAAUACUUUGAUCUUGUGUCUAAGGGGCAAUAGUUCUACUAGGGACGUACGGAGUUCCAAUUAAUCUGUCUAUAACAUCCUUAAUCUACAUCUUCUGCUUCUCAUUGUAAGUCAUUCUGACAGCAAAGUCCCUAGAUAACAGACCACAAUUCUGUGCAUCUGCUUGUGUCAAUUUGACCUCUACUCUUGGUUGCAGGCUCUGGAGAUCAAGAAUAUAAUACGUAAAUACCAUCUCUGGUAACAGUUCAGGCUGAAGAGGGGUUUUCUGGAAUUCCUUACGAAAUCUCCGGAGCAUGUCAGAUAGAAGUUAACGUGCAGGUGCGGCUUCAGCAGGGCCCAACAAACUGUAGUACGUAAUAUAUUGUCUUAGCUUAUCAGUUUAGUCCAUUUUAUUCUGCAUUUUGAGAAGAUUCAGACCUGGAAAUCAUCUUCUUAAAUGAUCCAUGGAUGCUUAGAAUCACAUCUUCUCCGUGUUGUCUAGUUUUUGCUUAAAAGUGAAACUUAAAUUCUGCUUACUGGCACUAGAUGAAAUGUGUCUGCAGCUAGUUGUCUCCGGCUGCACUCACUUCUCCUUAGGAGAGAACAUUUCAUCAUGGCACUCAGUUUGGAAGAGUCGAAGGAGAAAUUACCCUCUUGAUAUGGAACUCGAAGUUAGACUCUGUUCAGUUUUCAAUCUCCUGAGACUUGCUGUUGUGAAGUUAAUAUCAAUUGUUGCAAUGAGGUUCGAAAAGAUUCAGUCACAGCUGUUCUGGAGAUUUGGUAGCAUUGUGCCCCCAAAAUUCUAUUUGGUUUUGUUUUCAAAUUUGGAAGUAUAUUAGCUUUAGCUAGCCAUCCAAGCAAGUGCCGUCUUACUAUAGUUCACCAGAGGUUCAAGUUGUAAAUCCAUCAACAAUGCAUGCAGUUAACAUUCAUUUUCAUGUGGAUUUUUCUUACAUCUUAAUAACCUUAUUUAACCAACCUAUCACUUACCAAUUUCGUCUCAUCUAAGAAGUGCUGCCAGGUCUGAUUAGUACUAACUAAUUAGGUUUUUUUUAUAUAUAUAUAAGGGUGAUAUAAGUUAUUUUUUUGUGAUUGGGUAUUACUUAAAAAUUCAAAUUUAGAACUUUCAGGUUUAAGGUUAGUGAUUAGAGGUGGCAAUUUGUGAUCCAAUCCACCAAUCCAAUCAAAUUCAUUCACUUAAAUAUUCAAUUAAUUCAAUCCAUUGAAAUUCCAUAUGAUCCAAAUGAUAAAUUAUAAUUUAAUAG